AUGCUGAAUUUGAAUAAGAAGAAAUUAAGAGGCAAAAAUACAUUUGUGUUUGAGAGUGAUAAGCUUGAACAUUUGAUAGAGGGUAUCUAUGCGAAUGCAUCCACUGACGAUAAGAUAUUCUCCCAGCUUGCCAACAAUCAAUUAAAGAUAUCAGAGUUUCCUGAGAAAGAAGAUGUAGUAGAUGAUGACGACGACGAAGAGGAGUAUAUAGAUGAGAAUGGAGAUUAUGAUGACGAUGAUGAUGAAGAUGGUGAAGAGAACUACGAGAGUUACAACGAGGAAGAACAAGAUGAUAAUGAAUAUUAUUACGAUGCCGAUGAUGAAGAUCAAGAUGGAGACAAUAACAACAACAAAAGCAAAGAUGAGGAGGAAGUGAUUAGAGAGUUGGAAGAAGUCAACCAACAGAAUGAUAAGAUCAGAAAGGAGUUGGAGGUGCUCAAUAGAAAUAAAGAAUUGCUGGCUCGCGACGUUCAAAAGGCAAGGAAGGAGGUCGACGAGCAGAAACAACAGUUGGAUAGCUGGGCCGAUCGUGUCAAGAAGUCUAAUCAGGACAAAGAGAGUCUGAGGAGUGAUUCGGAGCGGCAGAAGGCAAUCAACGCCGAGCAGAACAAACAGCUGGAGCAACUCAAGAAGGAGCUGAACGGCGUACGAAACGAAAAGACAGCGAUCGACAAUGAGAUCACCAACCUGCAGAGACGUCUGCAAGAAGAGAAGAACAAGAAAGUGACCACCGAGAUGAAACCGAUCGUCGACAAGCUGAAACUGGUCGAAGAGGAAAACAACAAACUCACAGGAGAUCCAAACACCCUCAAGAAAAUGGAUCUCGAACAACUCUCAACUCUUGGCAAUACACUGACACAUACUCUACACAAAGUGAAUGAAUUACAAUCUCAACAAAUACAAUCUAAAACAUGUAUUAUUUGUUAUGAAAGAGUUAGAAAUGUUUGCUUUUUACCAUGUACUCAUUGUGUUACUUGUUAUAUAUGUUCUGCCAGUAUAAAUGAAUGUCCAAUGUGUAGAGUUGAUAUUUCAGAUCAAAUUAAACUUUUGGAUCAUAUAAUGUGGUUUUUAGUUUAUAAAGUUAGUUUUAUUGUAUAG